GUAGGCAUCAAUUACCAACCGCCGACAGUUGUACCUGGUGGUGAUUUAGCAAAACUUCAACGAGCUGUUUGUAUGCUAGCCAAUACAACAUCAAUUGCUGAGGCUUGGGCUAGGCUUGACUAUAAAUUUGAUUUAAUGUAUGCAAAGCGAGCCUUUGUUCAUUGGUAA